AUGGCACAUACCUUGCCAAAUGCCAUUUACGAACGGCCAGAAUCACCCCGCAGACGGCCGGCGAGCUACGAUGGGCGCGAGCGGUGGACGGUGAACAUGGUCAACCUCACGGAUAGGAGGAUCAAAAUAGACAUAGAGAGCCCGGUCCAGAAGGACCGCGGAGAGGUGAAAUAUGUCGAUAAGGGCCAGAAAUGGGAUUUUACUGUCCAUCCCUACCCCAGCAUGGAGAUCCGUGCGGAGCGCAGCAACGGCGAGUGGUCACAUCCUGCAGAACUCAAGCCGAGACCACCAUCGAAAUUCACUCAUCACGUCGUGUAUGUGCAUUGGGACAGCAAUAGGGGAUGUGUGUUUUUCAACGAUUUUGCCGACACCAAGAAGGGGCAGGAGAAGGUGGUGUCGGAGAAUGCCGAGGAGGAGAUGCCGUGCACUGUGAUGUGA